UUUCGCAGCCGAUAAAAUCCCGCCCGGGUUCCCUAACAUCGUGCCUCCGCCUUCUUCGACGAUGGUGGUGGAGGUCGGCCACCCGGCGACGCUGCCCUGCCAGGCCACCGGCAACCCCACCCCGAGAGUCAAGUGGCUGUGGAAUUCGCUGCCCCUGGACGUCGCCUCCAAUCCUAGAUACGCGCUGCUCAACAACAAGAUGCAUGGUACUUUACAAAUCGUUAAAAGCGAAGAAGAAGACCAGGGCAAGUUCGAGUGUGUGGCAGAAAAUUCGAUAGGCACAGAAUUCUCCAAACCCACCUCAUUAUAUGUAAAAGUGAGACGUGUGGCGCCACAGUUCUCUAUCCCGCCGACCCCACGCACUGAAGUCCCACUGGGUGGCAACGUGACCCUCAAAUGUGUGGCUUUUGGGUCUCCCAUGCCCACUGUUAAAUGGAGAAAAGGCCUAACGAAGUGGCUGACGCCGGAAGACAACCCACCGCUGGGCCUGAACACGCUCAAACUGGAAGACAUAAGGGAAUCGGCGAACUACACCUGCGAGGCGGCCAGCGUGCUCGGCGUCAUAGAGGCUAUUGCGGAGGUCAAAGUGCAGUCAUUACCUGGUCCUCCAUCGGAAGUGAGAGCAUCGGAAAUAACAGCAACCACUGUGCGCCUCGCGUGGACUUACAGCGGACCAGAAGAACCUCAAUACUACGUCAUUCAAUACAAGCCCAAGUAUGCCAAUCAGGCUUUCAGCGAGAUUUCGGGAGUGAUCACCCAGUACUACUCAGUGACCAACCUGUCACCGUACACCGAGUACGAGAUGUACGUUAUAGCGGUCAACAACAUAGGACGCGGCCCGCCGUCCGCUCCGGCGGUCAUCACCACUGGCGAAACUGAACCCGGGUCAGCUCCUCGAAACGUACAAGUGCGACCCCUAAGCUCGAGCACUAUGGUCAUACAAUGGGAUGAACCAGAAACACCGAACGGACAAGUCACGGGGUAUAAAAUCUACUACACGACAGACCCGUCGCAACCUCUUCAGUCAUGGCAGUCGCAAAUGAUGGAUAACAGCCAUUUGACGACAAUCAGCGAGCUGACUCCACACACGGUAUACACGAUACGUGUGCAAGCUUACACCUCCGUCGGUCCGGGACCGAUCUCCGCACCUGUACAAGUCAAAACACAACAAGGCGUUCCGUCUCAGCCGUCGAACCUCGUUGCGGUGGAGGCGGGAGAAACUUCGGUGACGCUGACGUGGCGAAGACCCGCGCACGCCGGAGACAACAUAGUCUCCUACGAGUUGUACUGGAACGACACAUACGCCAAGGAGAACCACAGGAAACGGAUACCAAUAACGGAGACUUACACGCUCAACGGGCUGUACCCCAACACUUUAUACUACAUUUGGCUGGCGGCGCGCUCGCAGCGAGGGGAGGGGGCUACCACUCCGCCUAUUGCCGUCCGCACCAAGCAGUAUGUGCCAGGGGCGCCGCCUAUGAACGUGACGGCGACGGCGAUAUCGCCUACUGCUAUCCGAGUGACUUGGCAACCGCCACCUGCGGAGCGGGCGAACGGCCGCAUCGCGUAUUAUAAGCUGCUUUGCGUGGAAUCCGGACGGGGCGAUUCCGAAGCGACCGUCGUCAAACUGAAUCAGACUACGUUUGUGCUGGACGAACUGCGUCGCUGGACGGAGUACAGAAUAUGGGUGCUCGCCGGCACCAGUGUUGGCGACGGGCCGGCCUCCUACCCCGUCACCGUUCGCACGCACGAAGACGUGCCCGGCGAACCACAAGAUGUGAAGGUCAACCCCAUCAACUCGACAUCUAUUCACGUGACGUGGAAACCGCCACAGGAGAAAGAAAAGAAUGGGAUCAUCAGAGGCUACCAUGUUCAUGUUCAAGAAGUUCGAGAAGAGGGCAAAGGUCUUCUUAACGAUCCCAUGAGGUUCAAUGUAAUGGAUGACACCACACUCGAGUUGAAUGUUUCGGGACUUCAACCUGACACAAGGUACAACGUACAAGUGGCCGCUCUGACGAGAAAAGGAGACGGAGACCGAAGUGCGCCAGUGUCUGUAAAGACCCCUGGCGGUGUGCCAAACCGGCCUACCGUUACCUUAAAGGUUUUGGAACGUGAGCCAAUAGUAUCUAUCGAAUUGGAAUGGGCAAGACCGACGCAGACGUAUGGUGAUUUACUAGGCUAUAGAUUAAGAUAUGGUAUCAAAGAUCAACCUCUUGAUGAAGAAAACUUUCCAAUUAAAGUCAGUUCACAUAGAAUAAAUGAUUUAGAACGGGGUGUACAGUAUGAAUUUCGUGUAGCUGGCAAAAAUCAUAUUGGUAUUGGUCAAGAAACAAUUAAGUAUUGGCUUACUCCAGAAGGAGCUCCCAAAGGACCUCCAACAAAUGUCACUUAUCAUUUCCAAACCCCAGAUGUAAUAAGUGUUAGGUGGGAACCACCAAUAAGGGCUGAUCGAAGUGGCCAAAUUAAAAAAUAUGACGUCCAAUUUUUUAAAAGAGGUGAUCAAUCAUCACUUGUAGAAAAAACUACAGAAAAGACGAAAGUAGUUUUCACCGGUCUUGAAGAAGAUGCCCACUAUGUGUUCAAAGUCAGAGCGUACACUGAUCAAGGACCUGGACCUUACAGUAAAGACAUAACCGCUCAUACAGAAAGGGAUAUUGGUAGAGCUCCUAUGUCAGUUAAAGCCGUUGCUACAUCCGAAUCUGGUGUAGAAGUUUGGUGGGAAACAUUUAGAACAAGGAAGAAGAUUAUUGGCUAUGUUAUAUUUUAUACAAUGACACCAGUUGAAGAUUUAGAUGAGUGGCAACAAAAAAGCGUUCACGUAACGCAUUCUGCUGAUUUAGAAAAUUUGGAAAAGUUUGCUGAAUAUGCUAUUGCAGUAGCUGCAAAAACAGCUGAUGGACUCGGAAGACUUUCUGAGAAAGUAACAGUUAAAGUUAGACCUGAAGAAGUGCCUUUACACUUGAGGGCUCAAGACGUUUCGACUCAUUCUAUGACGCUCUCGUGGUCACCCCCGUUACGCUUAAAUCCCGUUAGCUAUAAGAUAUCAUAUAAUGCCAUCAAAGAAUUUGUUGAUUCACUCGGUAUGACACAAACCCAAGAAAUACCUAAAAAAGAAAUUAUUGUAAAGCACGAUAGAACGUCUUAUUCAAUUAACGAUUUAUCUCCGUUCACUACUUACAAUGUGAAUGUCAGUGCCAUCCCAAACGAUGAUUCUUACAGACCGCCAACAAAGAUAACAGUGACAACACAAAUGGCGGCUCCAAAACCAAUGGUUAAGCCAGAUUUCUACGGAGUUGUUGAAAAUGAAAUUCUUGUUAUUCUACCUCAAGCUUCCGAAGAAUAUGGGCCAAUUUCACAUUAUUAUCUAGUUGUAGUUCCAGACGACAAAACACACAACCACAUGAUGCCAGAUCAGUUCCUAACAGAUGACUUAAUAAAAAAUAACGCUAGGACCGAUGAUGAAAACGCUCCUUACAUUGCUGCCAAAUUCUUACAAAGAAAUAUUUUAUACACAUUCCAUUUAGGUAACGAUGAAACAUAUGAAGGUUUUCUAAACAGAAAACUAAACCCCAGUAAGAGAUACCGUGUUUUUGUGAGGGCUGUUGUUGAUACACCUCAGAAACAUCUGUACACAUCAAGCCCGUUUUCGGAAUAUCUGUCUUUAGACAUGCGAGAGGCACCUCCAGGUGAAGAGCCAAGCCGGCCGGACCCCAACUUAACAAAUUUAGAUCCAGAAAUCACCAAAAAAAUACACGACACCAGUGAAGCAGGUAUGGUCUGGAUCAUUGGACCUAUAAUAGCAGCUUUAAUGCUCUCUAUGUGCUUAGUUCUCGUUUUUAUUUUGAGACGGAAAAGACAACCUUGCAAAACUCCCGACCAAGCGGCUGUAACACGACCAUUGAUGUCCGCUGACAUUGGCUUUGGAGCACCUUCCGAUCCCGUCGAAAUGAGACGGCUAAACUUUCAAACUCCGGCUAUGAUUUCCCAUCCGCCUAUACCUAUAUCAGAGCUAGGAGAGCAUAUUGACAGACUAAAAGCUAAUGAUAAUCUAAAAUUCUCACAAGAAUAUGAAAGUAUAGAACCUGGACAGCAGUUUACGUGGGAUCAUUCUAACAUGGAAGUUAAUAAACCUAAAAAUCGUUAUGCUAAUGUUAUUGCUUAUGACCACAGUCGUGUCAUUCUUCAACCUAUCGACGGAAUUCUGGGCAGUGAUUACAUCAAUGCCAACUACUGCGAUGGAUAUCGUAAACAUAAUGCAUACGUCGCUACUCAAGGUCCUCUUCAAGAAACGUUUACCGACUUUUGGCGAAUGUGCUGGGAGCUGCGAACAUCUACGAUUGUGAUGAUGACAAAGUUGGAAGAACGAACGCGUAUAAAGUGUGACCAAUAUUGGCCUACUCGCGGUAGCGAAACUUACGGUAUGAUGACUGUAACAAUAGCAGAAGUGCAGGAACUUGCUACCUACUGCAUUCGCACUUUCCAAGUAACCAGAAAUGGUACUGCUGAGCGUCGAGAAAUAAAACAGUUGCAGUUCACUGCAUGGCCUGACCAUGGCGUCCCUGAUCAUCCUGCGCCCUUCUUACAAUUCCUACGACGCGUUCGAGCUCUCAAUCCUCCAGAUGCAGGGCCGUUGGUUGUUCACUGCUCCGCUGGGGUUGGACGCACAGGGUGCUUCAUUGUCAUUGAUUCUAUGCUUGAGCGUGCUAGACAUGAGCGCACUGUUGACAUAUAUGGCCAUGUGACUUGCCUGCGCGCGCAACGCAACUACAUGGUGCAAACCGAGGACCAGUACAUAUUUAUCCAUGAUGCGCUUCUCGAGGCCGUAGUGUGUGGUGAUACAGAGGUGCCAGCUCGUAAUUUGCAGUCGCACAUCCAGAAACUAAUGCGUGUAGACCCAAUGGAGAAUAUUACCGGAAUGGAAUUGGAGUUCAAAAAACUUGCCAACAUGAAAGCGGACUCGAGCCGUUUCGUAUCUGCCAGCUUGCCUUGUAAUAAGCAUAAAAACAGACUGGUGCACAUCUUGCCAUUCGAGUCGACUCGCGUCUGCCUGACGCCGCGGGACGGUUCGGACUAUAUCAACGCCUCCUUUGUAGACGGCUAUAGAUACAGGGCGGCAUACAUCGCCACUCAGGGGCCAUUGCCAGAUACCACAGAUGACUUCUGGCGAAUGCUAUGGGAACAUAAUUCCACAAUAAUUGUGAUGUUGACGAAAUUAAAGGAAAUGGGAAGGGAGAAAUGUCACCAGUACUGGCCUUCGGAUCGUUCAGUGCGUUACCAAUGCUUCGUUGUAGAUCCCAUCGCUGAGUAUAAUAUGCCUCAGUACAUCUUGAGGGAAUUCAAGGUCACCGAUGCUCGUGAUGGGGCAUCCAGAACGGUUCGCCAGUUCCAGUUUACGGACUGGCCAGAGCAAGGGGUGCCGAAGAACAGUGAGGGUUUCAUAGACUUCCUGGGACAAGUGCACAAGACCAAGGAACAAUUUGGUCAAGAUGGCCCCAUAACGGUUCAUUGCAGCGCUGGCGUGGGCCGCACCGGUGUCUUCAUCACGCUGUCCACGGUGCUGGAGAGGAUGCAGUACGAGGGGGUGGUGGAUGUGUUCCAGACGGUGCGCACGCUGAGGACACAGCGGCCGGCUAUGGUGCAGACCGAGGACCAGUAUGAAUUCUGUUACCGGGCUGCGCUUGAGUACCUCGGCUCGUUCGACCACUACGCCAACUGACGAUGAGACAUACUCGUGUAAUUUCACACAUAUAUCACAUAUGUGUGUGCAUGUAUAUGUACUUAAUGUCAAACCCCACACGGCCACAGAUUAAUUAAACAGCGUAUCUUGAUGUGAAUCGACGACACGGUGUUGUGUUAAUAAAUUUAAAACUUUCUGUUAAGUAGUUUUAUUGCCUAGGCAGCUGAUUAGGGUAAACUAAGUUUGAGAUAUAAAUGGCCACUAAGUAGGUAUCUCGAAUGAGCUACUGCUCGGUGCUUAUCUCAAUUUAAAAAUAAUACCAAAUUUUAAUUCAUAAACACUAGCAGAAAACAAAAACCAGUAACUUAUUAAUAUUGUAAUAUUCGCCUUUCUGAAAUUUUAUUUUGUUUUAAAAUAAUUUUACCUCCUACUAAUGGCACCAUCAACAUGAUUACUUUUGCGUAAUUUUCGUAGAAUAAAAGAAAAAAAAACACAGCUGGAAUUUGUAUUAGAUUUGUCUGGCCAUUUUGAUAGUAGUCGUAAUAAUUGUUCGUUCAUUCAUAUUGAAAUUAAUGUAUAAGUCAUUCCAAAUUGCUAAGGCAAAUCUUAUCGAAGAUCCCAAUCCAGAAGCGAGUUACAGAAAAAAAGAGCUUAAUUAAAAGUAUAAAAGUAUUUUCCAAGUAGAUGUUCUCUGCAAAUGUUCCUAAAAUAAAUGGAGGCUGUAUCUAUAUUUUUAAUUUAUUUCUAACUAUAUCAAAAAUGUUAGUAAUUGAUCUUACGUACACACACAACACCGUGCUGUUCGAUAGAUUGAUUUGUAAGACCAAUGUCAAACUUCCGCAAUGCUUGUAGCAUAGAACAGAUUAGUUAGAACAAUAACUCAACAAACUUAAUUGAUAAGUGUUAAAAACCCUCAACUCGAGUUACUGUUUCUACCAUCUUGUACUGUGCUUUUAUCGUAGUGUUUGUUGACUGAUUGUACUUAUAUUAUGACAAAUCUGUCUGAUCACAUUAUGAUAUUACCACAUGAGUAACAAGACGUACAGAGACAAAGCUUCAUACAACCGCGCUACGAUCGUUUCACUAUCACAAGCAAGACACUCGUGUGUGAGUGAGCACUGGCUGCCUGUCAUGUACGCAAUCAUACGUCAGUGCCAGUGCUCAAGUGCAGGGCUCGCGGAAAACACGCGUCGUAUUUCGUUUCGAUUAACGUUUUGAAAUAAUAAAUAGCGUAUAAAAAAAAUAUAAAUAUGGUUUAGGUACUGUACGGUGCAUAUAAAAAAUAUUAAAACUAUGAGAAAUUCUUUCUACUAAAAUUUUCUUUAGAUUUAAACAUCUAGAAGUUAAUCGCUGAAAAAUAUAAAUAUCACAAAGAAUCUAUAGUUUUUUAGUUAUCAUAUGGACUUUACUAAGUAAAUAGCAACUUUGCUAUGUAAUAUUUAUGUUAUUUAUAUGUAUAUACACCUACAUAGAUAGAGCUUUUACAUAAUCUUUAACAUCGAAAAAAAUAUUUUGUAAGGUUAUGUUAUUGAUGGUGAAUAAUUGUCUUUUUUUAUUGCGCAGGAUAGGUAGGCAAGUAUUUACCUACAUAUCUAGAAAAACGGUACGUUCGCAAAAAAAACCAUUAUUAUUUUACCAACCCAUAAAAGUAUAAGCUUUUAUUUCCAUGGUAACUAUUUAAUAAAACAACGCUACCAUAUCGUGUUUGUUUACCAAGGGACAAAUAUCUAUAAUAACAUGCAUAACUACUAUCAAAUUAUAUUGGAAACAUUUUGUUUGUUUAAUUUAUCCUCCGGUGUAACACUAUAAAAAAAAGUAAAAAUUUCAUCCGUUCUAUAGAAGUUUUGUCUUUGUACGUAUCUAUAUUUACUACUCAUGUGAUAUUACUAAUAAAGGCUUAACAUGAUACGAGUGCCUAGGAACGCUACUUAUGAUGUAUAUUUACGUAUGUGACCACUUAUAAAAUCAUGAUUGUGAGUCGGAAGGGUAAUAAUAUUAUAUAACAGUUAAUAUUUAUCCUUAUACCUACUUAUGAUAGAACUAAACGCUGUUCGUGCUAUUUUUGUCUCUAAAUUGGAACAGAUAAAGUCCAUAUUAACAGUUGAAAGUAUACUUAGAUGCAUUUAAAAAUAUUAAAACAGAGUUUCGAUAUAUUAUAUAAAUCGUCAAUGUAUAUAUAUAAAUAUAACACAUUGAUGAUAAAAUUUGCUGUUUAAAUAAAAAAAAAGUAACUUAGAGUAUGAAAACAGUGCGCUUAGAGACUUAAAUAAUAUUAUAACGCGAUGUGUAUCCAAUUCUGAUCGUCACGAUUAUAUAGACAGACAUAUUAUUAUGAAAUGUAUAAAUAGUUAUUGCAGCUGUAAUUAGAAGUUUAUUUUUCAUAUCGGGUGUUAACAUAUGUUAAGUAGUGUACAUUGUGGUAACUUUCAUUAUUGCAAUAUUAUUAAUAUUAUACUCUUAGACGAAUCGGCUGUGUCAUGUGAAAUUAUGUGUCAGUCCUGUGCGUUGUAGGUACGUAAAGUUCUGUAAAUAGCAUUUGUUUUAUUUUUCAACGAAUUUUACCGCUUGAAUGUUUACGUCGACAAGUGUUGCCAGCUUUCUGACGCUGCAUACACAAAGGUUUUCUUGUUGUUGACAAUAUUAUUCAAUACAUUCAAUUUGUUUUGUUCAACGGCGGUUGUCUAUUCUUUGAGUAUCACUUGCUUGCUUAUAGGAUGAUCGUGAUUUAAUGACAUAUCUAUUUGUAUGUAGAAAAAAAAAUGUUUAAGUCUGUGUGGUAAAAUUUGAAUUUGAAAGAGUAGGUGACGGUAUGUUAUCAUACAGCCUAACUUUUCGCGACGAGUAAAUGGAUGCAAAAUCAAAAUUUGAGUAGUAGCAUUAUGGAUUUAUGACAUUGCAAUAGUUACGAGUAAUAUACGCCCAACGUUUGUAUUACGCUUUAAUUGGCAUAAACUAUUAUAAAGUUUUGUUAAAUCUAAGGCACCCUUGGAGAACACGAAACGUGAUUAUCACAACUCUAUCAUUAAGCUAUCUUUAAGUGUAGUACGUUAUUUAAUCUUUUACAGUAAUCCCCUUGCCUAGUAAAAUAUAAGAUUUUUAGGUUUUUCACUCGUUUUAUACAAUAUACCUACUACUUGUAUCGAUCUACCUACGUAUAAGUUAAAUUUGAGCUUGUAUGUAACUUAGGUAAUAAAAUACGAGGAAGGUGAUGCGGUCUCUCGAGAGUUAAACGUAGAUUCGCAAACCACUUAUAUAUGAACUCAUUUCCUACUUAUGUAAAACAUACAUCUCGAUUCGGUCAUUUUUAGACCGUUCAUAACUGCCAAUCGUUUCACUUAGAAAUAAUUGAGAGUAAAUUAAAAUAAAUAAACAAUACGAAAAGUACGUAGAAUUAAUGAGGAUAAUUAAUUGUUAAAUUGAGGUUAUAGUGAAAAUUUAAUACUCGUUGAUCAUAUUUAGCGAGAUAAUGCAUGGGGCAUUCAUGAAAUCGAUGGAACGGGUAGCUGAAUCUUCGACCAGCUGUAUUGAGUCGCUUAAUAACAGGCUUUAUUGUACACCAUUCCUUUUAUAUUUUUAAUAAUAAUUAACGUUAUACGUAUUUUGUUUUAUAGUAAUAAUUAAUCUUCCAACUUGCCGCUGAAAUAAUUAUCAAUAUUUUAAUAUCCUUUACAAACGCACAUCGCCGAUCUCAUUCGUUUUUUAGACUAAGGCAUUUUUUUUAUUCCGCUUUCAAUACAUACCUUAUGUGCAAUCCACAGUAACUUAUCUGUGUCCAUAUUUUAUGUUGAUGACAUAUUUUUAUAAUGCAUUUUUUAUGCCAUGACAUUUUUACAAUGGUGCUGUACCCAUAUUCCGAAAUAGUACAAAGUUUUGUUAAACAUUUCCAUCAGUCAUACAUAACAUUUUUGUGUGCGUCUUUUUUGUCUUACUAUUCAUCCAAUUGUUGCGUUUUGUUGAACGUAAAAGACUGAAUUACUAAUUUGUCUAAUUGUGUUUUUAUUUACCAUAAUUUAAUUCUUAAAAGUUAGUUAAACAAUGACAUGCAUUUUAAUUUGUAAUAUUUUCGUGUCUUGUAAUUACGUAGUUAUAAUUAGAAGUUACUUAACCUAUACUGAGUGAAAAAAAUAUGAAUUUGUGUAGUUUUGUUUUUAAUGGUUGUAUAAAACUGCUGAUAUAAAUAUCUGUCUUUUUAUCAGAUUAAUUAUGAUUUGUAAAUGCAUUUGCUUACGGUUGUAUGUUAAACGAGUACAUAAUUAUUUUUAUAUUGAUAUGUAACCCAGUGAAAAAUGCCAUUUUGUGUUUUGCUUUUAGCUAUUUACGGCCAGACUACACAGAUGAGCUGCAUUCAUAGAAAUAUUUAAAACCUUAUUCACAACAACAAAUUAUUUAUUUAUUUCAGUAUCUGCGACUCAUUUAAAUACUUUUUUCACAAGUGUAUUUGUCAUAAAUAAUAUGACUUAUUUGAAAAUACAAUAAACGCUCGAAUUGGGGAUUUCAUAUAAAAUACAUAGGUAGAUACUAACUAACCUACAAAAACGAUAAUUUUUAUAAAAAUCGUUUGUCUUGUGAAUAAGGUGAAUGAUCAUAAAUUAGUUAGAAUUUCACAUGUGAAUGCUCAUCGUGUGAUCAUAGCUUAAGAAGUGUUUGGGUUACCAAACCUUAGCUAAUGUAAUUAUUUUAGUGCAAUUAAAUAUGGCGAACGCAAUGCGCAUUUGGCGGGAAAGUGUGAAUGUAAUAUUCGUAGGAGUUCGUAGACGAUUAUUUUGUAAAAUAUCCCGCGCUGCGUCUCGGGACACAGUGGAUUCGCAAAAUUAUACAUAUGUAUAUGAAGAAAUAAAUUUAUGUGAGACCA